AGGACCGUUUCUUGGUUGUCUAGCAACACGCUUCCUUGAGAGGAGCACCGGAACCUUUUAAUGCCCGCCCUGGGGACUGCAGUCUCUUCCCAUUAAGGGUUCCUAUUCCGCUUAGCGGUACGCGGGACCGGGUUGGACUACAGCGACCGAGAACCACCGGAGAAAGCUGACGCUCGCACACCGUUUCCCAAUGCAGGGAUACCCAGAGCCUGUGAGGGCGGCGGAAAGAGCUGCGGCGUGUAGUCCCAGACCCGUCUGGGGUGGGUCGUCGAGUUCAUUUAGCCCCCUGAGGGAGGCCGGAGGAGAGUCGGGCUUGGAAGAAUCUCUGGAGCGGUACCAUCGAAGCUUACGUGACCGUGCUACUAAAAGCCUUGAUCAGCUGAAGCAUGCCUUGGAUGAAGAUCAUUUGGCAAUGGGGGAAAGUACAGCUACAUUUGAUCAGUUAUUUCCUAAUGGAAGUCAUGAAGAGAGUGAGGAUAGAGCUUGGCAGGAGCUGCAGUACAGCCAUGCAGUUAAUCAACUUAAAGCUUUAUUACGACAACAAGAAGAAAAAGAGAGUGAAACAUCCCCUUCAGGGAGGAGGAGAAUGCUGCCUGCAAGAACAUCUACAGAUCAGAAUUUGCCUGCCCUUUGUGAUCUUGUUCCCAUCAUUAAUGAUCAGUCUCAGUAUAUUAACCACUUAGAGGCUGAGGUCAAGUUUUGCAAGGAGGAAAUGUCUGAACUGAAAGCUCGUAUACAUGUGGUUAUCCUUGAAAAUGAGAAGCUCCAUGAUGAUCUGAAAAUGCUAACAGUGGAGCAUACUUUGAGAGAGCAAACUCUGCUGGAUGUCUCAGCUACUCCUCAAAAAUCCUGUGGUAUAAAUGGUGAUUAUAUUUGUGAAGCUGCCAAAUCAUCUUCUCAUACUAAUGGACAGGCCACAGCAGCUAUAUUAGAAAUGGAGAAAUGGCAGCUAGAGCUGGAAAAACUAAAGAGUCUCCACGCAGAAAAGACAGAAGCGCUUGAAACUCAGGUGCAAUCUUUGAGGAAAGAGUUAUCAGAGUCACAAAAAAACUGUGAAGAUCUGAGUGGAAGAUUAAAGCAUGAACAUUUGCUUAGUACAGCAAGUAAUUCCAAUAGGGUUGGUGGCCUUUGCUUAAAAUGUGCACAACAUGAAGCUGUUCUUUCCCAGACUCAUUCAAGUGUCCACAUGCAAACCAUUGAAAGACUAACAAAAGAGAGAGAUGAGUUACUGGCAGCACUUUCAUCAGUCAGAAUAAACCUGAGUGAAAUGCAGCGAAGGGAAUGUAGUGCUUAUGAACAAGUGAAGCAUGCUGUACACAUGACUGAAGAAGCCAAUUUGGAGAGAACUAAGGCUCUAGUACAGUGUGAACAGUUUAAAAAUGAGAUGGAGAGACAGAGAGAUCGUCUUGAAAAGGAGUUAGCAAUCCAACUAGACAAGAGAGCUGAAGAGCGAGAAGCAGUUCGUGAAGAAAUGAAGAAAGAAAAAGAGAAUUUACAAUCCAUGGUGAUGUCUUUAUCUCAGAAUGUAGCUAGUCUGGAGGCUCAGGUUGACAGGAUUACCAGGGAGAAAAUCUCUUUAGCCAAUCAGCUGGAAGAAGCUCAGAACCAAAAUGCUUCUCAUGAUAUGGAGAUUAAUAAGGUGUGUGGAGAAAUACGUUAUCAAUUGAAUCAGACCAAAAUGAAGAAGGAUGAGGCAGAAAAGGAGUACAGAGAGUAUAGAUCAAAAACUAGAAGGGAACUUGAAAUUAAAGACCAGGAAUCAGAGAAAUUACAAGUAGAGCUCAUUGAAAAUAAACAACGUUUGGAACAAGCACAGCACAAUACAGCAAGAGCUAAGGAUGAAUGUCUGAAACUAACAGAAUUGCUGGGUAAAGCUGAGCACCAAUUGCACCUCACCAGAUUAGAAAAAGAGAACAUUCAGCACAGCUUUAGCAAUGAAGCAAAGACCCGAGCCCUUCAGGCCCAGCAGAGAGAGCAGGAGCUGACACAGAAGAUGCAGCAAAUGGAGGCCCAGCAUGAUAAAACUGUAAACGAACUGGAUUCAUUGCUGAGAUCCCAGAACACACUCCUAUCAAAAUUAAAAGAAGAAUGUUGCGUGCUGGCAAAGAAGCUUGAACAUAUCACAGAAAAAAAAAGGUCUGAAAUUGGCCAGCUUAGUCAGGAAAAUGAUUAUGUCUGUGACAGACUUGAGAAGAUGCAGAAAAGGAAUGAUGAAUUGGAGGAACAGUGUAUCCAACAUGGAAGGAUGCAUGAGAAAAUGAAGCUAAGGUGAGGCUGUGGAUGUGCUGAACUGUUGCCUGACUGCGACAAUGAACUGGAUGGGGGCUAAUAAACUAAAGGUCAAUCCAGACAACACUGAGAUGCUGUUAGUGGGUGGUUCUGCUGACUGGAUGGAGGUUGUUCAACCUGUUCUGGAUGGGGUUGCACUCCCCCUGAAGGAGCAAGUUCGUAGCUGGGGGGUUCUCCUAGAACCAUCUCUGUCACUUGAGGCUUAGGUGGCCUCGGUGGCAUGGAGUGCUUUCUACUAACUCCGGUUGGUGGCCCAGCUACGCCCCUAUCUGGACAGGGAUAACCUGGCUUCAGUUGUCUAUGCUCUGGUAACCUCCAAAUUAGAUUACUGCAAUGCACUCUACAUAAGGCUGCCUUUGAAGACAGUUCAGAAGCUGCAGCUUGUACAAAAUGCAGUGGCCAGAUUGAUAACAGGGACCAGAAGGUUGGAGCAUAUAAGACCCACUCUGGCCCGCUUGCAUUGGCUGCCUGUAUGUUUCCGAGCCCAAUUCAAGGUGCUGGUUUUAACUUAUAAAGCCUUACAUGGCUUGGGACAACAAUAUCUGAUGGAACGCCUUUCUUGACAUGAACCUACAUAAACCCUAUGUUCCACAGCUAAGGUCCUCCUCUGGGCGCCUACUCCGAGGGAAGCUCAGAGGAUGGCAACAAGAGAGAGGGCCUUCUCUGUGGUGGCCCCCCAACUGUGGAACAGUCUCCCUGAUGAGACCCGCCUGGUGCUGACAUUGUCAUCUUUUCAGCGCCAGAUCAAGACUUUUCUCUUCUCCCAGGCAUUUAGCAAUAUGUAAUGAGCCUGGGUCUGUUUUUUGGUUCAUUGUUUUAAAGUUGUUAUAGUGGUUUUAAAUGUAUGUGCAUAUUGCAUGUUUUUGUGGUUUUUAAUUUUGUAUAUUGUUUUUAAAUGUUUUUAUCUUACGUGAAGCCCCCAGGGAGCUUCA